AUGGCCGUCCUGCACCAGCUGCGCCCCUCAGAGGGUGGCCUUACCUUGCAAGGGCACGUGUAUUUGGACUGCGGGUGCAGGAGCCUCAUCGUCUCCUCCAGCCUUGUCCGCCAGGGCGAGCGGGGCUGGUGGGUGGGUGUUUUCCGCCACAGCCGCGGCACCAAGGCCUGGAAUGCCACCGCCGUCUGCAUCUUCGGGAUGGAGGAGAUGAAGGAGCAAGCCUGUGCGUCCACACACUUCAUCAUGAACGGGAAGAGCUGUGAGGCACGAUCAAUCAAGAAAUUACCUACCUUGAUUCACUCUGGAUUAGUGGCUGUUUAUGGCACAGUUGUUUUGAAUCAGAUAGUUCUCUUUUUGGGAACAGAUGAUGGACAGUUACUGAAGGCUAUUCUUAAUGAGGAUAUGGAGUCUAAUUGCCCAGAGAUUUUAUAUGAAAUUAAGGAAGAAACCUCCAUUUUCCCCAAACUUCGACUUGAUCCAGUAGAUAAUAACUACAUCUAUCUGUCCUCUGCCAAUAAGGUGAGAAGAAUACCAGUUGCAAAUUGCGGUAGAUACGUUUCCGAGCAAGAAUGUUUAUCUGCAAAGGAUCCUUACUGUGGAUGGUGUUCUUUGAAUCUAAGGUGCACAUUAAAAGAAAAUUGUACACGUUCAAACAGCAUAAAGGGUUGGUAUAACAUUACACAUGCACCUGAUAAAGAUCUGAAAAUCCUGCUAAGUUUCCCUGCCAAAAAUCAGGUUGCUGUGGCUGCAAGUGUAAGAAAAAUCCUUACUUCCUGUAUGAUAAAAAUUGUAAAACCGGUUGAAAUAUUUUAUGAAAAUGUAGUGCUGAAAAACUCAUCCUGUUUCUGCAAUCUAACCACUCUGGUGAUAACUGAUAAUGGCACAAGUCACAGCUUUCGAUCAGUUGUGACAGGUCUCACAUUUGCUCCGGAGUGCUCUGGCGUUCAGCGAGCCAUGGUAGCAUGUGGGGACAAUGUGCCGGGGACCUUUCUGAAAUGGGUAAAUGCUGUGUUUGCAGUGGAUGGCAAUGUGACCCCCGUGGUCCCCUCAGGCCACCAGCCCGAAGGUGUGGUGCUGCUCUGGCAUAUCAGCAUUCAUUCCAUUGAACCUUUGUGGAUUUCUACAUUAGGCAAAAGUGAAAUAACAGUCAAAGGAGAAAACUUUACACGUGCAUCAGGCAUUAAACUGAUACUGACUGGAAUCACUGGCUGUAAACCAGACAUCAUUAAAGUUAGAAAUGUGCUAAACGAUACACAAAUGACAUUUGCUCUCCCACCAACACGUAAAGAGGCCAAAAGUAUAUGUAUACAGGCUAACGGGAAAAAAUGUUCACCACCAAUGACUCUACAUUAUGUUUCACUGCCAUCAUGUUUUGGAAUCACACCAAAUACCUCCUGGAUCAGUGGUGGUCGCAAAAUUACUACAGUUGGUAGAAAUUUUAAUGUGGUGGACAGUGUGAUUAUUUCGGAUGACCAGAGAUCAAAUCUCACAGUAAGUCUUAAUCUAUCUGAAUAUCAUUACUUAACACCAAGCCUGAGCCAUGCAACAGAGGGUAAAGUUGUUGAUAUGAUGUUAAAAGUGGAAACUACCUUUAUACCGUGUGUCAAAUUACACUAUCACCCUGACCCAGUGUUCAUUAACUACCAGCUGCACACUGAGCUGGAUCCUGAUCUGGAAUUGAAAAUAUAUAAAGAAAAUGACAACUUGAAUAUUUCUAAAACUGAGGUAGAGGUUUAUCUGUCAUAUAUGAACGGUGCACAGACCAAAAAGAUAUGGUUCAGCGUCCAAAAUAUUACCAAAAAACCAGACCGUAGCACCAUACUGUGCAAAUUCAAAAGGGAAGGAACAGACAAGAUUGACUUUUCCACAGUCAAAGUUUUUGUCAAAUUAGGAAAUUUUGAACAUGAAGUCAAACCAACAUCAUCACACAUAUAUUUAUAUGUUCUUAUUUUGCUACCUAUUGUAGUGGGUGUCAUUAUAGCGGCAUUCAUAGUUACUAGAUACAAAUCCAAAGAGUUAACUCGUAAACAGAGUCAGCAACUUGAACUGCUGGAAUACGAGAUUCGGAAGGAAAUACGUGAGGGAUUUGCUGAACUGCAGAUGGAUGAAUUAGACGUGGUGGAUAGUUUUGGAACUGUUCCCUUCCUUGACUACAAACACUUUGCUCUUAGAACUUUCUUUCCAGAGUCAGGAGGCUUUGCAUCCAUCUUCAGUGAAGACAUGCCACAGAGCAGAGACCAAACGAGCAAGGAUGAAAGCUUCAACAUGUUGCAUGCUUUAAUUUGUAACAAGAACUUUCUUGUUACUCUCAUUCACACCCUUGAAAAGCAGAAAAAUUUCUCUGUGAAAGACAGGUGCUUGUUUGCAUCCUUCUUGACUAUUGCACUACAAACUAAGCUAGUUUAUCUAACCCAUAUUUUGGAAGUGUUGACAAAGGACUUGAUGGAGCAAUCAAGCAAUGUACAGCCUAAGCUCCUGCUCAGACGAACUGAAUCCGUGGUAGAAAAAUUGCUGACAAACUGGAUGUCUGUCUGCCUUUCUGGAUUUCUCCGGGAGACAAUUGGUGAACCUUUCUAUUUGCUAGUGACAACCCUCAAUCAGAGGAUAAACAAAGGACCUGUUGACGCGAUAACUUGCAAAGCCCUGUACACACUUAAUGAAGACUGGCUGCUGUGGCAAGUGUCUGAAUUCAAAACAGUGGUAUUGAACAUUAUCUUUGAAAAAAUCCCAGAAAAUGAGAGUGGAGAUGCCUGUCAAACUAUCCAAGUUAAUGUUCUGGACUGCGACACCAUAGGCCAAGCCAAGGAGAAGAGCCUUCAGGCUUUCCUUAAUAAGAAUGGCUUUCUCUAUGGUCUUCAGCUGGAUGAAAUUGGUCUUGAACUUGUGUCUGAGGAGCAGCAAAGAGAAUUGUUAGAUAUUGAUGGUUCCUCAGAGGUGAUGGAGGAUGGGAUAAGGAAGCUAAAUACCAUCGGUCAUUAUGAGAUUUCCAAUGGAGCAACCAUAAAAGUCUUUAAAAAGAAAGCAAAUACCCGAUCAGAUGUGGACUACUCGGAUGAACACUGUCAUUUGAUUUUACCAGACUCUGAAGCAAACAAAGAUGUAAAAGGAGCAGGUCACAAAGGAAAGCAAAAAUUCAAAGUGAAAGAAAUGUAUCUGACAAAGCUUCUGUCAACCAAGGUUGCAAUUCAUUCAGUUGUUGAAAAGCUCUUCAGGAGCAUUUGGAGUUUACCCAACAAUAAAGCACCUGUUGCCAUCAAGUACUUCUUCGACUUUCUGGAUGCCCAGGCUGAGAGCAAAAAAAUUACUGACCCUGAUGUGGUCCAUAUAUGGAAAACCAACAGUCUUCCUCUUCGCUUCUGGGUGAACAUACUGAAGAAUCCCCAAUUUGUCUUUGAUAUUAAGAAGACUUCACAUAUAGAUGGCUGUUUAUCUGUAAUAGCACAAGCUUUCAUGGAUGCCUUUUCUCUAGCAGAACAGACACUGGGGAAGGAAGCACCAACAAAUAAACUUCUCUACGCUAAGGACAUUCCACUCUACAAGAAGGAGGUGAAAGCGUACUAUAAAGCCAUCAGGGAUCUGCCUCCAUUGACCACUGCAGAGGUUGAAGAAUUUCUAACUCAGGAAUCUAAGAAACAUGAAAAUGAAUUUAAUGAGAAAGUGGCCUUGAUUGAAAUCUACAGAUACAUAGUGAAAUAUUAUGAUGAGAUUGUCAGCAAACUCGAGCGAGAACGGGGGUUUGAAGAAGUCCAGAAACAGCUCCAGCAAGUAAAAGCCUUAUUUGAUGAAAAGAAAAAAUGCAAAUGGCUUUGAGCAGAGCACUGACUCACAGCAUCACUGUGGGGGAUUUUCAAUAAGCGCUACUGCUCCC